UUUGGCUCUAAUUAUGCGUGUUAAAACAUGUGUAUGUGCAAAGUUCGUGGACUGUGGCUAUAGAUGAUAACAACACGGAAAUUGCCUGAUCUCAUGCCUAUUCCGCAAUACACAGGGUUUAACACGCAUAAUUAGAGCCAAAAAUGGAUUGUGAAGAUAAUAAGUUAUUUGUGUUUGUCUAGCAGCCUGAAGGCUUUAAUUUUCCCAAAGUUUGUAUCAACCUCUGGAAUACGCUCUUGAAUACCUCUGGAAUACGCCUAUUGAAAAGCGUAAAGCGUCAUUUCAGUCCAAUUAAGCACCAGUGGGUUCUGCAGUAAAGUCAUGAUACCUGCAGUCAUCGGCAUUUUCAUUCUGUUUAUGGCACUCUAUGUGCUGCCCUCAAUAUGGCAAACUCGCCACCUUCCGCCUGGUCCAUUCCCGCUACCCCUGGUUGGAAACCUUCUUUCCAUUGAUCUUAAGCGGCCUCAUGCUGACUUCGCUAACAUGGCUGAUAAGUAUGGAAAAUUAUUCCGAAUCCACAUGGGAAGACGAAGGAUGAUAGUGAUCAACAGCUACGAGAUCGCGAAAGAAGCUCUUGUCACAAAAGCCACAGAUUUCGCCGGUCGACCUCGACAUUUCUUCGGAGAUGUCUUUGGCCGAAAUCGCACCGAUUUCGCUUUUCAAUCUCUAAAUAACAGAUGGAAGAUACAGCAUAAACUUGCAGUAACAGCUCUGCGACUUUCUGAGAACAAAGCCAACAUAGCUGAUCAUACAGAAAAGUUAUGUAGUAGAUUGAAUUCCUUUGAUGGAAAGCCAUUUUAUCUUCAUGAUAUAAUGAUCAACUCUGUAGCCAAUUGCCUCUCGUCUCUAAUUUUCGGCAAAGAACACAAACUAAAUGAUCGAGAGGUAGAAAUGCUUGUAUACGCUGUGCAAGUUUUUCGCGAGUCACUCAGUGCAGGUAACAUGAUCGAUACUUUCCCAAUGUUGAAGUAUAUUCCUAUGGACAUCUUCAAGAACACAAAGCGCGCUGGAGAAAUCCGUGAUGAAAUUUUUGAAAGGAAGUUUGAAGAACAUAUUUUGACCUUUCAGAAGGACAAUAUCCGCGAUUUGAUUGAUGCCUUGUGGAAGGGUUUCCAUGAAAUUUCUCACGAUGGUCUACUGACCAAGGAGCAGUUAGUUUCUAGCGCCUCUGAUUUCUUUUUUCCUGGCACUGAAACUCCUUACACUGUUAUCACCUGGGCCAUAUUUUAUGUCAUCAAACACCCGAAUGUGCAGGCCAGGCUCCAUCGUCAGUUGGAUGACGUCCUAGGAAACACUGAUCGCCUGCCAGAGAUUUCGGACAAACCAAACUUGCCCUUCUUGAAUGCAUUCAUCACCGAGGUUCUCCGUAUUGUGAGUGAAACUCCGCUGGCUGUGCCCCACUCAACCACACGGGACACGUCCCUUGCUGGAUUUAAGAUCCCUCGGGAUAUGACUGUGCUUAUUAACCUCUGGGCCAUCCACCAUGAUCCCGAUAUUUGGGGCGACCCAUUUAGCUUCCGGCCAGAGCGUUUCUUGGACAGACAGGGCCAACCACACGUGGAGGGCGUCAUGUCAUUUUCAGCUGGAAAACGGUCAUGUCCAGGAGAGUUUUUUGGGAAGAAAUUGGUCUUCUUGUAUCUCGCCCGAUUGCUGAGCAGAUUCAGAUUUGAGUGCCCCGAAGGAACAACAUUACCCAAAGAAGAAGAAAGCGUUAAUGGAUUAGUGAUCGAAUGUAAGCCUUUUCAAGUACGUGUUAUACCUAGAAAGAGGUCGUAAAGGUCAUUGCAAAAUAGAAACUGGACAAUUCUGAAGGUGAUUUAAGGUUACCAAUCAACGAACGCAAGCGGAUAACCAGGAAAAUCUGUCGUUUCUUCGAUUUAAAUCUUUACUUAUACAACAAGGAAAAGUUCUCUGGGACUAUGAGACAUCAGUCACAUUCAAGGAUUGUUUUUAUUGUUGUUGUUGUCAAAGUAAGCAUCGUAGAACUUCAGCGUUGCGUUACAUCAAGUUACGUUACGUUACGCUAUGUCACGUUACGUUCUAUCAAGUUACGUUACGUCACGCGUUAUUUUGGUAAAUCAGGAGAUUUCAUUGCAAAGUUCAACGGUAGAUCGUUAUUGAAAUACAUAAAAACUUCAGAAAAAAAAAACUGUAAAAACUGUUAGCAAAGUAUAUUUUUGACGACUUUUCGCCAUUGCUUCACGUCAUUAUCAAGUGAAAGCGAUAUAAAAUAAUAGAGAAAAUUUUUUUUUUCUCCUAUGGGUAUAGUUCCCAAAGGUGAAAUAACGACUAAGUGUCAAGUAAAAAGUUUGGCUCGAAUUGAGUCAUCUGCGUGCCCAAUGUAGGCUUCAUGUUAGUAAAAAGCAUUUUGCAAAUCAUGCAGUCAAAUUUGCUUGUAUAUUUUUCAAGCGAUCUAUGGAUUCCUUUUUGCCUGAUGAUACCCACGAACGCGUUGGUGCAAUUGUAAGUGUCGAAUGGUAUACCCGACUUAAUUUGCAACACACAAAUGACAUUAUACAAGUGGUGAGCGGCGCGCUUCAUGCGUUGAUGAAGCUCGAGAUACAUCGAAGAAGAAUAUAAAAUAGUUCGCAGCUCGGUUUUUCCUAAUUCCUCUACAGCUGUUGUUGUUGCUUUGAGAAACAUACAUAGGUAUAUGAUCACGACGUAUAGGGUGUAGUCUUAAACAUCAAUUAUUCUAAGCCUGUAUGGAUGACACUAUCGGUAUAUUUCAUUCACGGCCGACAUCAGCCGGGUGAGAUAACAGGGGACCUGUGAACUACAACGAAGCAACCAAGCCUCCAAGCCCUGCAGACAGACAGACAACCAAACAAACGUCGAAGUCGCAGACGUGACUUCACCUAGUACAAAAAGGCAAAGGUAUUUUGCUUAAAACUCGCUUUCAAGGAGGACGAACAUAUGAAAAGUGCUGAAACGUGUAAAAAAAAAAAAACAAAACAAAACAAAAAAACCAGGAGGACUGGAAUUUUACGUGAAUUGCGGUUUUGUAAAGAAUGG